UACCCUUAGAAAUAUUCCUUUUUUGAAUAUUCAUUCCUCCAUCGUUCUGUAAAUACAAGCAAAGUUCUUUGGCUCCACCCCACCCACGUCCACCCCCACGCAAUAUCUGUCUCAAGAAAUUGUACAGCUUUCUUUUCUUCACUCAGUGCCUCCUCUCGCUUACCACCCACUCCACCAAUCCACACAUAAACCCUUCAACACAAAGUCACAUACACUUUGUAGUGGUGUCAUAAUUGUGGAAUUUAACAUUACAACUUCAUUUCAAGGCCUCAAAUUACUUUCAAGAACCAAGCUUUGAAAGCAUCUUUUGCUUGAUAAAUACUAAGCAAACCCAAGAUUUUGAGUUUUCUUCGUUUCUUGCUGGGACUUUACUGUAGACUCUGAAAUUUAUUGUUCGAUUGGAGGUAUAUGAGUUAACUAAUUGAUUUGCGUCGAUGUUGAAUCGUUAACUCAAACUUGGAGUGACCCAUCUGAAAAGUUUAGUCUUUGAAGGGUAAAAAUGGAGACAGAAAAUGGAGAUUCCAAGUCCAAGAUGGAAGAUUAUGAAGUAUUGGAGCAAAUUGGGAGAGGUGCUUUUGGAGCUGCAUUUCUUGUUCUUCACCAAAUGGAGAAAAAGAAGUAUGUAUUAAAGAAGAUUCAUCUGGCUAAGCAGUCAGAGAAGUUCAAACGUACAGCACAUCAGGAGAUGAAUUUAAUUUCAAAACUAGAGCAUCCAUACAUUGUUCAAUAUAAAGAUGCUUGGGUGGACAAGGGAAAUUUUAUGUGCAUCAUGACCAACUAUUGUGAAGGUAGAGACAUGUCUGAGAUUAUAAGGAAGGCAAGAGGAGCAUAUUUUCCAGAGGAGAAAAUCUGCAAAUGGUUGACUCAGUUGUUAUUAGCCAUUGACUAUCUGCAUUCCAAUCGAGUCCUCCAUGGGGAUCUAAAGCUAUCUAACAUAUUCCUCACAAAGGAAAAUAACAUCCGUCUUGGUGAUUUUGGGUUGGCAAAACUUCUUGACGAGGAAGGCCUCACAUCAUUGGUUGUCGGAACUCCCAACUACAUGUGCCCCGAGCUUCUAGCAGAUAUUCCGUAUGGCUACAAAUCUGACAUAUGGUCACUAGGUUGCUGUAUGUUUGAGAUCGUUGCACACCAAGCGGCAUUUAGAGCUCCUGAUAUGACCGGACUUAUCAACAAAAUAAACAGAUCCUUGAUCUCUCCACUUCCCAUUGUAUACUCUUCUACACUGAAACAGAUAAUUAAGAGCAUGCUAAGGAAGAGUCCAGAACAUCGGCCUACAGCUGCUGAACUUUUAAGACACCCACAUCUGCAGCCAUUCCUCCUGCGGUGUCCUGUCCCAUCCCAUGUCUUCCUUCCCGUGACAUCUCCAAGCAGCACAUCUCCAAGCAGCACGAAGGAGAAAUUGAGAAGAGCAUCUCCUAGACAAUCUCGUGGUGGGAAAGACAAGGUCAAAACACUGGCAAAACUAAAAGAGAGGAGACUGUUUCCAGAAUCUGGGGAAAAUACUGAUACUCGACCUCUAGAUUUGCCGGAUAAAGAGGCGUUGAUGGAAGACAACCUUGAGACCAAGAGGGUUGAUCCCACAAGUUAUUCUGGAAAGAUUUCUCAUGACGGUGAAGAUGAAAAAAGUGGGGAUACAAGUUGUGAGACAACUGCUUACAGUGGAGAUUAUCAGGACAAUUUCGCCUCGUCAUUGCAUAAAGAGAGCACAAACACUGUGGACGGUUCAACAUUACAAUCAAAUGCACUACCUCAAGAACAAGAGGAAUGUUCCCCCGAUCAUGAUCCAGAAUUGGAAGCACUUGACAGAGAGAUUGAGAAAAUAACAGACGAGGAGCUUCUGUGCAGUCCUGAUGUUAAUGAUGAAACAGAAAAGAAGGUGGAGGAUUCGAUUUCGAAAAAAUGCAAUAAAAUGACAUUGACCAGUACAGUCUGUCUUGACGAAGAUGGGUUUCUUUUUGGAGAAAAUGAUGUUGAUGGAGAAAUAAGAAGUUAUUCAGACAGAAACGAAAACUCCGGUGCAUGUUCACAAUUACCCUUUGAUGACAUAUCAACUAAAAAUGCUGCUGCUGCUUGCCCGAACAAGGAUGGGGAUGAAAUCAAACCAGAUACUACUGGUCACCCAAAGCGAAUCGAGAACGAAGACGUUAAACUGACAAGUCAGGCAUCAAAUGAUCGUUCGUUGUUGAGUAAACUCAGCGCUAUCGUUUGUGAUGGAAGCAAAAGUGAGUGGGAAAACCCGAGCCAACAGAGAGCUGAUGCUUUAGAGUCGUUACUGGAAUUAUGUGCAAGGUUGCUUAAACAGGAAAAACUAGACGAGCUCUGUGGUGUGCUUAAACCUUUUGGCGAAGAUGUUGUUUCGUCCAGAGAAACAGCUAUCUUGUUGACAAAAAGCCUAAUGAAUGCGCAAAACUUGCCGAAAGGUUCUGGUUCUUAGAUUGGAUAUUAUUAUAUAUGUUUUUACAUUUCAGAUAUUUCAUAGUAAGUGUGUUUUUUUGGGUGUAUUUUUCGUAUAAUUUGUGUAUUGAUGAAGAGUAUUGGUUUGAAUUUAUCUAGAACAUAAAUUUGCAAGUUUUUUGUAGCUGAAAGCAGCUCGUGGUUUGUAUAUGAAAUUCAUAAAAUAGUU